GAAUCAACUAAAAUUCAAAUUGAUCAUGAAAGAUAUCAAAAUUUAAUAUCAAAGUUCAAUGGAGAUAGUUUUGGUUCAACAGCAUCAUCUGAAAACAUUGAUCAAAGUCAAGAAAAUUGGUGUAAAGUAAUCAAAGAUUUGUUGGAAGAAUUUAUCUAUUGUAGUCUAUUAAAUGUGUCAAAUGAUAAUUUGUCAAUUGAAAGUGCAGAUAGUAUCCCAAAUAAAUUGUCAGUCAGACAAACAAAUGAUGACUCAGGUAGUCAAAGUGAUAAAACAAUUAACGAACUUGAAAUUGUCAAUGAAAGUGGUUCAUCAAAUGAAGAUGGACAAUUGAACACUGAUCAAGACAAUCAUUCAUCUAGUCAUCAAAAAUAUUACCAGGCUAUUUCAUGGCGACCAGGUGUAAAAAAUCGUGGAAAAACUUUAGCAUGUUAUGAAAAAGUAAACCAGGCAGAAUGGAAUAAAAAUAAAGCCAACAAAAAAUAUGAUUUAUCAGGCAGUUCAUCAAAGAGACAAGUAAGUGAUAAUUCAGCUCUUGAAAUUAAUAAAAUAUCAAGUGAUUAUACACCAACUUUGUCAUCAAAUAAAUAUGAAACUGAUCCACUUGUAUUAUCAAGACGUCAAAAGGACAUUGAUUAUGGAAAAAAUACAAUUGGAUAUACCAGAUAUAUCAAAAAUGUUCCAAGGAGUCAAAGAACCAUGGAUCAUCCAAAGACACCAUCAAAGCAUCGCAAAUACAGCAGAAGAGGCUGGGAUGGUUUAAUUAAAAUUUGGAGAAGACAACUUCAUUCCUGGGAUCCACUAAAUUUGGAAUAAAAAAUUAAAAAAACAAAACGAUAAAAUAUUUAA